AUGCCGCAACCCUACAAGCCUUUGGAUACAUCUUGGCAAGCAAGCGUGAUCAUAGAUUUAUCUCAUCACCAGCUUUGGUUCACACUAAUCCUUUACCCUGUAGCUGACGCAGUAAAACGAAACUAUGUUUACCGCCAAGGUGCCAUCGAUGCUGGAUUUCCGAACGGGGACACUGAACUACGGCGGAGGAACGUCGAAGUAUUAGGGGACACGACCAAUAAACACAUUGUAAUGCUCCUAGUUAUUGGUUUACUUUCGCUGGCCAAACCAUAUCCAACCUGUGUCGUCUGUGCGCAAGAUAAUGUAUUUCUUCUGUUCCUUGCUGUUUGA